UUCCCACAGACGUAGUAAGGGUACAUCUGGAGGAGCAGGCGGCCAUGUCCGCCGGCCAGGACGAGGGCGACAGGGGAGCGGAGCGAGGGGGCGGGAAAGAGUCGCACAGGGACGCGGCCAAUGCCCGCGAGAGGGCCAGGAUGAGGGUGCUGAGCAAAGCCUUCUCCAGGCUGAAAACCACCCUGCCCUGGGUGCCCCCCGACACCAAGCUGUCCAAGCUGGACACGCUGCGGCUGGCCUCCAGCUACAUCUCGCACCUCAGGAGACUGCUCCAGGACCACCCGCUGGACGACCCCAUUGUCAAGACCACCUGUCUGACGUGGCCAUUUGAGACGUCGGGACACUUGCAGGAUGAAGACUCUCGUUCUCAGACCACGACGAGACUUUGCGGAGCAACCGCAUGAACGCAGGCACGGGGUGGACAAAAGGGGGGCCCGUCCCUGGGCCGAUGUACGGCCCUGCCGGAGCGUUUCAUGCUGAAAUCAGAGACAAAAGAUGGAUGUAAAAGCCAAAGAAAUAUGUCAUGCCAAAUACCACUUCAUAUUCCAAAGGGCCCGACUGAUUAAUCAGCUAGCAGAUUUAAUCGGCUGAUAUUAGCUUUUUUCAAAUCGGCAAAACUCAGCCGUUGCUACAUUUUGCCCAUUUUUUUUCUUCUUCUUUUAUUUUGUAUUUUUUUAUACACAAAGUAUUACAGCAUAAGACAAAGAUAAUGAUAGUCAAACAAACAAACAAAUCGGCAAAGACAAAAACGGCCUGUUGUUUUUUUUUAACCCUAAGCCUACCAAACAAAUUAAUAAAGGACAAAGUAUUGUAAAACAGUCAAAUAUUCUGCCCGUAAUUCGUAUCUUUAUAGUCGUAAUCGUCAAAUCCAUAUCGGUCGGGCCCUAGUUAUCAUUACACGAGGUUCGCCGCCAUGACAGAUAACACUUCCUGUUCAAUGGUUAUCAUCACACUAUCAUCUGU